CUUGCGAGCAGUCGAAGCAUUUAAAAUGGGCAGAAUACAAUAUAACGGAGUUUUGUUACUGAUGGUCCUUCAAAUAUUCUUGGUGGCUACAACAACUGGAGAUGAAACUUGUGAAUCAGACCGAAUAAUGGAAGAACAGUGCCGCAUUCAUACAUAUAGAACUGUGAAACCGUUGCUUGAUUAUUUCAGACAGGUUAGAAAUGAGUUAGAGCAAAGUGAAACUAAGGAACAGCAGAUAAGUGAACUAAAUUCUGAUCUUAUGGAAAAAUAUCAUGAAAUUGUAAGAAUUCAUGAAACAUUCGUGAAGGAGGCAGCUCUAUUAAAUGAGUAUAAAAACAAAGUAAUCAAAGGGGAAUACGAUUUGCAAUUGUGUCAAAAUAAAAUUGAUAAAUCUGAAUCUGAAAUUAAUUCAAAACAAAAUAUUAUUCUUAAAUUAAAAGAACAACUAACAGAUAAAUCCACGAACUUAGAAAAUUGUCAAGUUCAAUUAAAAUCUGUAAAUUCUAGAUUAAUUGAAAAAGAUGAAACUAUAAAGAGAUUUAGUGAGAAUAUUAAAAAUAACACAGAACAUCAGAAAACACUUGAGUUGAAAUUAGAAGAGAGUAAAUCUAUAUUAAUAAAUCAUGAAAAAGAGAUUCAGUUAUGUCGUUCAGAAAUGAACAAAUUAAAUAGGACAUCAGACAACAUUAGAGAACAGAAAAAGAUUCAAUUGAAAUUAAAUGAAUGUGAAACUAAGCUUAGUCAAUCUGAACUAGAUAAAUUAAAUCCCACAACAUGCCUCCCUUUCGGAGAUUAUUCAGGAGUUCAUCAACUCAAUGUCUCUGGUUUAUUCAAUGUUUUGUGCGAUAGUCAGUUAGCUGGACCUGGAUGGAUUGUAAUACAACAACGAGUUGGGGGAAAUGAGAGUUUCAAGAGGGAUUGGGCAACGUAUCGCAAAGGUUUCGGUUCUUUUGAAAGUGAUUUCUUUCUUGGCUUAGAGAAAAUACAUCGUAUCACGAGCUUGGAGCGUUUCGAACUUUACAUACAUUUGGUUGAUCGGAGAGGAAGAACCUACAACGCUCGUUAUGACGAUUUCAAAAUAUCUGAUGAAGAUAAUGGAUAUGCACUGAGUUUGGGUAAAUUCAAUGGAACUAUUAGGGAUAGCAUGAGAUACAAUGAGAACAUGAAAUUCACAACAUUCGAUCACGACAACGACAAACAUGAUGGUGGUAACUGCGCAGUCUGGGCUGAAAAUGGCUGGUGGUACAAUGCUUGUUCUUAUUGUAAUUUAAAUGCACGAAAUUUGUAUAUCCAUUGGUGGGACACAUAUCUUAAAGAAGUUAAGAUGCUAAUUCGCCCCAAAGAAGCGAUGAAGAAGUGAUAAACUGAAAAGCUGAAAUUCCCAUAUUUGACUCAAUUAGGUUCGAGUGACAAACUUCAAGACCCACCCUCGCAGUUUGUAAUACUCCAACGCAAAACAGGCAAAAGAGACAACAGAUUUUGCUUUCGUGAAAUAUUCGAAAUUCACAAGUGUAUGCAAAAAGGUACGCAACCGUUAUAGAAAGCGAAGCGAGGAGAAGAAGGAACAUCGACUGAAAGUGGGACAAGCACUGACAAUGCGAGUGUAAGUGCGAGUGAGCGAGAAAGUGCAAGUGGAGGAGGCUUGUAAAUGGGGAGUUGGAGUGGGACACAAUUCUUAAGACAUGCGAGCAA